GUCAGAACCCUGCUACUAGAGCCUGGAUGUGGCUCUGAGUUUCAGGGUCACUGACAUUGAUAAGACACCUGCGUCCCAGGACUCGGAGGAGAAACGGCUGAUGGACUUGGCGGGGAAUUUGCGCGGGGUUUUACUGAGCGGGAAGAGACUGUUCAAAUGAGGGGGAGGGUAUAUAAAGGAGGGUUGGCCGGAGCCUCCCAUUCUUGGCUUUUCUGAUGUUCAUGUUUCCUACAGUAAAAGUUCCUGGUGAUACCACAAAGAGUCUCGUGUGUUCAUUCAGGAGCGGCUGUGGUGAGCUGACACUAAGCCAAGAAUACGGACACCAUCCCGCUGUAGCGGUGAGGUGUAACAUGCAAGUGGAGGAUGAAGAGCUCUUGGGCGCCGGAGGAGGAAGGUCGGAAAGGGCCACUCCCGAGACGGACGCUGAGUUCCACCAGCUGGCGGCCCUGGCGUCAUCCACCGCUUAUGCCCAGCCAAAUGGGGUAACCCAGAGGCGCGGAGUGGUGCGGGGAGAUAGCACCGGAGGAGAGGAAGGUUCACCUUCCCCAGGCCCGCAAAAGAUGGUGUUUCUGGAGGAGAGGAUGUCGGCGAUGGAGACCACCCUGGCAGUGAUGUCGAGGGCGAUGGAGCGCCUGGCGGUUUUGGCGGAGCCGGAGCGAGGAAGGGAACUCCGGGCUAGCUCAAUGUGGGACGUGAGCAUGGGAAGCAGCCAGGGCUUUGCAGACCUCCCAGCACCGAAGGGAAGGGAAAUGCGAAAGGAGCCCGGUGCCCGGCCCAAGAUCCAAACGAGCCUGACGCGGGUGGAGGAGAGUGACGACGAAGGGGAAAAGCCUCCGAGAAUCCCGGCUACGCUCCCAACUGAGACCCUGGUGCCCCUGGCGAAUGCCGGGCGUGGCACAGGACAAAGGGAAGCAGCAGCGAGGCCCACUGGCCCGCAAGGGGGCUUGCGACGGGCGGAGGAUUGGGGAUUGCCACCACAGGGACCCCUACCGAGACGAGAGGAACUAAGGAUCGAGUUUGGGGGAGAGUCCUCUGAACUGGAUUUUUUCCUGACCACGGUGAGGGGCUAUAUGGAGGACAAUGCCCACACUUUUAGAACGGAAUCCAGCCGGGUACGGGCCAUUGGUGCAGUGUUGAAGAGGGGAGCGGCCAGCUGGUACGUUCAACUACACGCGCGGCGCGACCCAUGUCUGGGGUCACUCCGACGCUUUAUGGGGGCCCUGGAGACCCGUUUCCGAGAUCCACUGGAGCAGAUCCGGGCGAGGGAGGAGUUGAAGACCGUCUCCCAGGGGCAGAGGUCGGUAUCUGAGUAUGCGGAGGAGUUCCAAUGCCUCGCUGAAAAGGUGCCGGAAUGGUCUGCAGUGACAAAGAUAGAACUCUUCAAAGAGGGGCUCAGGCGGGAGAUCCUCUCCUGGGCGGUGCAUCGUGAUGAGCCUGACACACUGCGCGGAUGGAUUCAGCUGGCGGGGCGCAUCGAGACAUCGCUGGCCCAGGCGAGGAGGCACCGAGGAGGGCUACAGCAGCGGCCGCAGAUGAAAGAGGGGAGCCGGAAGGAGGGAUCAACCCCAGCCGGGAGGAGAACGGAGCCGACAGGGAACGUGAGCACCAGCAGGAGGGGCUGCUUCGUGUGCGGCCGUUUGGGCCACAGGGCUGCCGAGUGCUGGCAGAGAAAAGGGGAAGGCGGAGGCCCGCCCAAACCAAGAGCCGUGGCAGGGAAACGCGCCGAGGAAGAACCACCGAUGAGGCACCACUCGGGGGGGUUGGACGAAGGGGAGGAGGACGCCAUGUCAGAACCCUGCUACUAGAGCCUGGAUGUGGCUCUGAGUUUCAGGGUCACUGACAUUGAUAAGACACCUGCGUCCCAGGACUCGGAGGAGAAACGGCUGAUGGACUUGGCGGGGAAUUUGCGCGGGGUUUUACUGAGCGGGAAGAGACUGUUCAAAUGAGGGGGAGGGUAUAUAAAGGAGGGUUGGCCGGAGCCUCCCAUUCUUGGCUUUUCUGAUGUUCAUGUUUCCUACAGUAAAAGUUCCUGGUGAUACCACAAA